GUGGUGUCCGUCACAGCUCAGCUCUUUGAACACUCGGCUCCGGACACCGUCAAGUGAGCAGCAGCCCAACAUCUGUCCUGCAGAAAUCCCUCUGCUCCUCAACAAACAAUGAAUUACUCAUAUGAUUAUUCGGAAUAUGAAUACAAUUACGAAGAUAAUUCGACUCCACACGAGGAGCCUGUUUUUCAGCACAAAGCGACGUGUUUGAAGGAAGUCCUGUGUGUGUUUUUGCUGGUGGUCAGCGUGAUGAUUUUUCUGUUGGGCUUCUGUGGAAAUGCACUAGUCAUCUGGAUUUCUGGCUUCAAGAUGAAGAAGACAGUCAACACCACCUGGUACCUGAGCCUGGCAAUCUCCGACUUCCUCUUCUGCACCUUUCUCCCGUUCAGCAUCACCAACAUGGUGAUGGAGGAGUGGCUCUUUGGCCGCUUCAUGUGCAAGUUCACCUCCUCCAUCAUGUUUGUCAACAUGUUCAGCAGCAUCUUCCUCCUGGUCUUCAUCAGCAUUGACCGUUGCAUCUCUGUGAUGUUUCCGGUUUGGGCCCAGAACCAGCGAACUGUCAACAAGGCGUCCGCUGUCGUUGUCCUGGCCUGGUUUCUCGGCAUCGCUCUGAGCAUUCCCUCUGUGAUCUUCCGAGAAGUUAGGAGUCACCUGGGAAAGACUGUCUGCUUCAACAACUACACUCUACAGCAAGAGAGUCACAAAAUUGUUGCAGUGAGCCGCUUCAUUGCCGGGUUUGUUAUCCCGUUCAUCAUCAUCAUUGUUUGCUACUCCAUCAUCAUCCUAAAACUCCGCACCAACAGGAUGACCAAGUCCGCCAAACCCCUCAAAGUGAUGACCGCACUAGUAGCUGCUUUCUUCUUCUGCUGGCUGCCCUACCACGUGUUCGUCCUGCUCGAGCUGAACCACCAAAACUACGACCAUGGUACCUUAAUCGUGGGACUGAAAGUAGGCACGUGUAUGGCAGCAGCAAACAGCUUCCUCAACCCGAUAUUGUAUGUUUUCAUGGGCAAUGACUUCAAGCAGAAGUUCAAGAGCUCCGUGCUCUCGAAGAUGGAGAAUGCGAUGGGAGAGGGGCCGCACCACCAGCCGAUACCUGUCCAGGUCCAGCUCGAUGGACGGCAGAGCUUCCACACACAUCUAGAGGGAAGAAUCUGCAAGCCUAAGUUACUAUGUCCACAUUUGCUCAUGCUGUAGGUUGACUGGAAUCAGUCUCAUCCAGCUGGAGUGUUUCAGAGCGUUAUUAGUGCAAUUUUACAACAGCUGCACAAAGAGAGAUUGUACUGAUAAAAUGAAAAAGCUUUAACAUAUUAUGUAGAACAUGUGUUAUCAUUAUUGUUGCUCAUUUACCAUAGAACCGAUUGUUGUAAAGUUGUACGUGAACUCUCAACUGACCUUAUACUCAAAGAGAGAUGUUAUUCC